AACUACCGGGCGACGGCGGCGACGGCGGCAGUGGCAGUUCACGGCGAGGGUCCCGUCUGCGAGCCCCGAGUGGCCAUCCGGUGGACCUGGGUUCCCCCCUCCGCAUGAACACAUUGUGAUCAGUCUUUGUACCUUUACCACAUUUGAAGAUGGUGAAAUUAGAUAUUCAUACUCUGGCUCAUCACCUCAAGCAGGAACGCUUAUAUGUAAACUCUGAGAAACAACUCAUUCAGAGGCUCAAUGCAGAUGUACUUAAGACAGCUGAAAAGUUGUAUCGGACGGCAUGGAUUGCGAAGCAACAGAGAAUUAAUUUGGAUCGGCUUAUCAUAACCAGUGCUGAAGCUUCCCCUGCAGAAUGUUGCCAACAUGCCAAGAUUUUGGAAGAUACACAGUUUGUUGAUGGAUACAAGCAAUUGGGAUUUCAGGAGACUGCUUAUGGAGAGUUCUUGAGUCGAUUAAGGGAAAAUCCUCGUCUUAUUGCCUCCUCUUUAGUUGCAGGAGAGAAACUUAAUCAGGAGAACACACAAAGUGUUAUUUACACAGUCUUUACCUCCCUCUAUGGCAACUGCAUUAUGCAAGAAGAUGAAAGCUACCUCCUUCAGGUUUUGCGAUACUUGAUUGAAUUUGAACUUAAAGAAAGUGACAACCCCAGACGACUUUUGAGGAGAGGAACUUGUGCCUUCAGCAUCUUAUUUAAACUUUUUUCUGAAGGACUGUUUUCUGCCAAACUUUUCCUCACAGCUACGUUACAUGAGCCAAUCAUGCAACUGCUGGUUGAAGAUGAAGAUCACCUGGAAACAGAUCCAAACAAGCUAAUUGAGAGGUUCUCCCCAUCUCAACAGGAAAAACUCUUUGGAGAGAAGGGCUCAGAUAGAUUCAGGCAAAAGGUUCAAGAGAUGGUGGAUUCCAAUGAGGCCAAACUAGUGGCUUUGGUAAACAAAUUUAUUGGUUAUCUCAAACAGAACACAUACUGCUUUCCGCAUAGUUUGAGGUGGAUUGUGUCGCAGAUGUACAAAACCCUCUCCUGUGUAGAUAGACUGGAAGUUGGGGAGGUCAGGGCAAUGUGUACUGAUCUCCUCCUGGCUUGCUUCAUUUGUCCUGCAGUUGUCAAUCCAGAACAGUAUGGAAUAAUUUCUGAUGCUCCUAUUAAUGAGGUGGCAAGAUUUAAUCUGAUGCAGGUUGGCCGCCUUUUGCAGCAAUUAGCAAUGACUGGUUCUGAAGAGGGAGACCCCCGGACAAAAGGCAGCCUUGGGAAAUUUGACAAAAGUUGUGUUGCUGCUUUCCUUGAUGUUGUCAUUGGGGGCCGUGCAGUGGAGACUCCUCCAAUGUCCUCUGUUAAUCUUCUGGAAGGGUUGAGCAGAACUGUGGUUUAUAUAACCUAUAGUCAGCUUAUUACUCUGGUGAAUUUUAUGAAGAGUGUGAUGUCUGGAGAUCAACUGAGAGAAGAUAGGAUGGCUCUUGACAAUUUAUUAGCAAAUCUACCCCAGGCCAAGCCAGGAAAAAGCAGUAGUUUGGAAAUGACUCCCUACAAUACUCCUCAACUGUCUCCAGCAACCACUCCAGCAAAUAAAAAGAAUCGAUUACCUAUAGCAACUCGGAGUAGAAGCCGCACCAAUAUGCUAAUGGAUCAGCACAUGGAUCAUGAAGUAUCAUCUCAAGAAACCAUCCAGGAGGUACAACCAGAAGAGGUCCUGGUCAUUUCCUUAGGGACAGGUCCCCAGCUUACUCCAGGGAUGAUGUCAGAAAAUGAGGUCCUAAAUAUGCAGCUUUCGGAUGGAGGACAAGGAGAUGUCCCUGUCGAUGAAAACAAACUCCACGGUAAACCUGAUAAAACCUUGCGCUUUUCCCUCUGCAGUGAUAAUCUGGAAGGAAUAUCUGAAGGUCCUUCAAAUCGCUCCAAUUCAGUGUCCUCUCUAGACCUAGAAGGAGAGUCUGUAUCAGAACUUGGAGCGGGACCUUCUGGGAGUAAUGGAGUUGAAGCUCUACAGCUAUUAGAACAUGAACAAGCCACAACCCAAGAUAAUCUUGAUGAUAAGCUAAGGAAGUUUGAAAUUCGUGACAUGAUGGGACUAACAGAUGAUAGGGACAUAUCAGAAACAGUGAGUGAGACCUGGAGUACAGAUGUCUUGGGAAGUGACUUUGACCCUAACAUUGAUGAAGAUCGCUUGCAGGAAAUUGCAGGUGCAGCAGCAGAGAACAUGUUAGGCAGUUUGCUGUGCCUGCCAGGUGCAGGGUCAGUGCUUCUUGACCCCUGCACUGGUUCUACCAUAUCAGAGACAACCAGCGAAGCUUGGAGUGUAGAGGUAUUGCCAAGUGACUCAGAGGCCCCAGACCUAAAGCAGGAGGAGCGUCUGCAAGAACUGGAGAGUUGUUCUGGACUGGGUAGCACAUCUGAUGAUACGGAUGUCAGGGAGGUCAGUUCCCGCCCCAGCACACCAGGCCUCAGUGUUGUGUCGGGCAUAAGUGCAACCUCUGAGGAUAUUCCAAAUAAGAUUGAAGACCUGAGAUCUGAGUGCAGCUCUGAUUUUGGGGGUAAAGAUUCUGUCACUAGUCCAGACAUGGAUGAAGUAACCCAUGGUGCCCAUCAGCUGACCUCUCCUCCUUCUCAGUCAGAGUCUCUGCUUGCCAUGUUUGAUCCACUGUCUUCACAUGAAGGGGCUUCUGCUGUGGUAAGGCCAAAGGUUCACUAUGCUAGGCCAUCGCAUCCACCACCGGAUCCUCCAAUCCUGGAAGGAGCUGUGGGAGGAAAUGAGGCCAGGUUGCCAAACUUUGGUUCACAUAUUUUAACUCCAUCUGAAAUGGAGGCAUUCAAGCAAAGGCAUUCUUACCCUGAGAGACUAGUUCGCAGCAGGAGCUCUGAUAUAGUAUCUUCUGUCCGGCGACCCAUGAGUGACCCCAGCUGGAACCGACGUCCAGGGAAUGAAGACAGAGAACUCCCACCAGCUGCAGCCAUUGGUGCUACUUCUUUGGUGGCUGCACCUCACUCAUCAUCUUCAUCCCCGAGUAAGGACUCCUCAAGAGGAGAGACUGAAGAACGCAAAGAUAGCGAUGAUGAGAAAUCAGACAGGAACAGACCAUGGUGGAGAAAACGUUUUGUUUCAGCCAUGCCUAAAGCUCCUAUACCAUUUAGAAAGAAAGAAAAACAAGAAAAAGACAAAGAUGAUCUGGGGCCUGACAGAUUCUCAACACUCACAGAUGAUCCCAGCCCUAGACUCAGUGCGCAAGCUCAGGUCGCUGAGGAUAUUCUGGACAAGUACAGGAAUGCUAUUAAACGAACCAGCCCCAGUGAAGGAGCAAUGGCAAACUAUGAAAGUACAGAGGUUAUGGGUGAUGGUGAAAGUGCACAUGAUUCUCCUCGUGAUGAAACACUGCAGAACAUCUCAGCUGAUGAUCUCCCAGACUCCGCGAGCCAAGCGGCCCACCCUCAGGACUCAGCUUUCUCUUACAGAGAUGCAAAAAAGAAACUGAGGCUUGCUCUUUGCUCUGCGGAUUCUGUUGCCUUCCCAGUGCUAACCCAUUCAAGGAAUGGUUUACCAGACCACACAGACCCGGAAGACAAUGAAAUUGUAUGCUUCUUAAAAGUUCAGAUAGCUGAAGCAAUUAAUCUACAAGAUAAGAACUUAAUGGCUCAACUUCAAGAAACAAUGCGUUGUGUGUGCCGCUUUGAUAAUAGGACUUGUAGGAAACUGCUGGCAUCUAUUGCUGAGGACUACAGGAAAAGGGCCCCAUAUAUCGCCUAUCUAACUCGUUGUCGACAAGGACUGCAGACCACACAGGCUCACCUGGAAAGACUACUGCAAAGAGUUUUGCGGGACAAAGAGGUGGCCAAUCGAUACUUUACUACUGUCUGUGUGAGGUUACUGCUUGAGAGCAAAGAGAAGAAGAUCAGAGAAUUUAUUCAUGACUUCCAGAAACUCACAGCAGCUGAUGAUAAAACUGCUCAGGUAGAAGAUUUUCUGCAGUUUCUUUAUGGUGCAAUGGCUCAGGACGUCAUAUGGCAAAACGCCAGUGAAGAGCAGCUUCAGGAUGCUCAGCUGGCCAUUGAACGAAGUGUGAUGAAUCGGAUUUUCAAGCUUGCUUUCUACCCUAAUCAGGAUGGGGACAUACUUCGCGACCAGGUUCUUCAUGAACAUAUUCAGAGAUUGUCUAAAGUAGUGACUGCAAAUCACAGAGCUCUUCAGAUACCAGAGGUGUAUCUCCGGGAGGCACCGUGGCCGUCUGCUCAAUCAGAAAUCAGGACAAUAAGUGCUUACAAAACCCCCCGGGACAAAGUGCAGUGCAUCCUGAGAAUGUGCUCUACUAUUAUGAACCUCCUGAGCCUGGCCAAUGAAGACUCUGUCCCAGGAGCAGAUGACUUUGUCCCUGUUUUGGUAUUUGUGUUGAUAAAGGCAAAUCCACCCUGUUUGCUGUCUACUGUUCAGUAUAUCAGUAGCUUUUAUGCCAGCUGUCUGUCUGGAGAAGAGUCCUAUUGGUGGAUGCAGUUCACAGCAGCAGUGGAAUUCAUUAAAACCAUCGAUGACCGGAAAUGACCAACACCAAGGCCCACCAUGGCAGCAGACUGUUAGCAAACAGAUCUCUGAGAAAAUGUACCACCUGCGUUGAAGGCUGAAGAUUGCUUUUGUAUAAUAUUGUACAGCACUCAGACAUUUUAAAACAGAUCUUUACUAAACAGAUUAAUGAGCUAACAAGCAGGUUUUCUUUGGGCUCUUUUCCUUUCAGAGUUGCAUAUUUUGUUAUUUUCUUGUCCCCCAGUAGAGAAUAGCACUGCAAAAAGGGACCACAUUUUUUCAGGUAUUUUGAAAUAUUAAAAAACAAAAAAUCUCCUACAGAAUUCUUAGAUCUCUAUCCAUGGAUACACAUUCUUUCCUUUUCUUUUUUUAAAAAAAGAACAGUACACCUUUUAAGAUGCUGUCUAAUUUGUAUGCAUCUAAUGGAAGGAAAAUACCAAUUGCACCGAGGAUUGUAAUAGUGGUGACAGUAGUGGCAUUAUCUAUAAAUACACUCACCUAAAUCGGAAAGCUAAGAAGGAAAUGUAAAUAUAAUAUAUAUUUAUAUUUGAUGUAAUAAGGACAUCUUCAGAUUCUAAUAAACAAGGAAUAUUGCUUAUAGUAGGUUGUGACAUACCCUCUUGUGAAAUGGUUUCCUUGACAAAGUUAAGCUGAACUUAAGAGCAAAAAAACAAAAAAAUACAUGGAAGUAUUUAUUAAAGUGUAAUACAGUUUAUCGAAUUUCCUAGCUGUGGAGUUUUAUGUGCAGGGCUGUCUUUGAUGAGGAGUAUAAAAAUCACUGAGUAAGUCACUCAGAUAUUUCUCACCAUGGAAGUUUUUGAGCCUGCACAUAGGAGACAGACUCUUUUAACCGCCAUACAUUAAAAGGAACGGUAGAUAUCUGGUACUUCAUUGUGGUACUUCUCAUCUGAAAUACUAAAUAUGCUGUAGAAACCCCAAACAGAACUCCUUACAAACCUUUAAUUGUAAUAUAUUUUUUGAUGAUUAUUCACAUUGAAUGCACAGUCCAGGAAUUCAGUGAAUGUCAUUUUUUUAAAAACUAAUUUGUAUUGUCUGCUCUAGUGAUACAGGUUUUACUAGUGAUAAACUAUUUUAAUCAACCAUACUAUUCUUAUGAAAAAAAUCUAUUUUGGCAAGUUUUUGUGCCUUUAUUUCCCUCUUCUGAAAAAAGUACGUGUUUCAGUAGUUUGGUUUGCAUUCUACAUCAGUAAUUAAUCCAGAAAUAGGUUCUGGUGCCUGAGAAAUCAGCCAAGGAGGCACACCAAAGCUUCAAGCACAAGUCUUAUACAUAGGACAUUGCUGACUGAUUUCACUUUGUAUUUGUUUCCUAAACAUGUUUACUGAUUGGCUUCUUUUAUAACAAACUCAGUCCUGUACUUUGAGUCCCUGUUGCUGGCAGCAGCGCUCCCAGGCAUUUGUGAGGGGACUGUGACAAACAGCCUUGAACAGAUGAAUACAGAGGCUGUCUGCGCCCCCCUAAGAUCUGUUUUUCCUGAUACCUAAAGAAGCUGGAUUUUCUUUAUGCCUUCACGUCUUCUCAUUGAUUUAUUUUAAAACAUCAAGUUACAUAAAAGUGUGGGAUGUGGUUUCUGCUUUUUAGGGAGAGAUCAAAAUUAAACUAGUACUACGAAAUGUACUUUUGAAUGUUAGGUCAAGAAAUCUCUGUACAGAGUCAUGUGCUUUAUGAGCUGUAACUGUUAAACUUGCCUAGGUAUUAGAAAUCAAAUCCUAUCAUAAAUAGAAGACAAACUGUAUACCACGAUUUCUAAGACCUAGAUAAUAGUUCAUUUACGUCAGCAUUUGAAACAAUACAUGUUAACAGAAGACUUUGGAUAGUUGAAAUUCAUUGUAAUGAGGUUUAACCCGUAAGUCAAUGAGAGAUUUUUUUUUUCCCUCCAUGAUGGUCGCUAAAGCUAUUCCAUGUUAUUACUGUGGAAAUAAAUAUGAAGAUGUGGACCUUGCACAGGGCUCUUUUCUGUGGAGGAGAUGGUGGUGGUUUUGGGGUAUAGGGCUCCACUGGAGGCAGGAGAUACGGGUGUGCAGUGCUUGAGCCAGUGCGGAGGAUAGAACCACAGAGAUUCGGCAUAAGAAUUACGUAUGAAUGCUGAUGCUUGGAUCUUGACUCAGGUGUGGCAGAGAUGCACAGCCCAGCUGUUUAAGGUCCUCUGAAAAUCCUGUCAGCAUCAAGCAUCACUUGUUUGAUUUCAUGACAGGAUUUAUUAUAGAGCUGGUUUCUGAAUUUAGCAGUUAGUAACUAGCUACGUGGCAAUGGAGGUGGUGUGUGAGAUGGAGUAAUUUGAUUUUGCUCUUUCAGGAAAGAAAUAGUUUUUCUUCAAAUGUUUCUUACUAAACUUCCUCCUAGUACUUAUUUUA